GAGUCCCCGCCCCCUGGCGUUCAGGCGGACGCAGGAUGUGGGCCCUGCGGGCCGCCGUCCGCCCGGGGGCCGCGCUCUCUCGCGUGGUUCGCGGCCGGCCGGCUUUGAGGGUCGCGCCGCCGCCGCUGCGUCCCUGUCCCGGUCGUGCGCUCGCUGCCCUCAGUCCGGGCGAUCCGGGGGGCCUGCAGGGGAGACGGGGCGGUAGCCGGGGUCCCCCUGCGGAUGGCCCGAGCAGCGGAGCCGGAGCAGCGAAGGAGGAGGAGGGGGGGCGGCCUGAAGAGGCAGAGAACGAGGACGAGGAGGAGGAACUGCUGCGGAGCGAGCCCUUGCUGCCGGCAGGGGCCCAGCGCGUGUGCCUGGUUCACCCCGAGGUCAAGUGGGGACCCGGGAAGCCGCAGCUGACGAAAGGUGAGCCGGCGCGGGACAGCAGGCGGGCGCUGACUGGACCGGGCUUCGAGGGGCGGGGCUUCAGUGGCUGAACUUGAUCGGGCCCUGCGCCGAGGGGGCGGGGCUUCGUGUCUGGAACUCCAGACCGGGAACGGGGCCUCGGAGGCUGGAAUUCAGCACGGGGACCGCCGAUGCGGGGGGCUCGGAAGGCUGGUUCUCGGAGGAAAGAACUGGAGGCCGCCUGGGGCGUGCAGGUGUUUGACCAAUAUGUGGUUCUGCACAUUUUCCGCUGCAACGCCCGGACCAAGGAGGCGCGGCUGCAGGUGGCCCUGGCCGAGCUCCCCUGCUACAGGUCCAACCUGAAGAGCGUGGUAGCUCGCCCGGACGGACGUGGAGGGACCUCUCGCUACAUCAUGGGGUCAGGUAGCAGUCCAUUCAUGCAGGUGCGACAGCGCCUCCUGAAGGAGAAGGAGAUGAAGAUCCGGCAGGCCCUGGAGAGGCUGCGCAGGAAGAGGCAGCUCCUGGGGCAGCAGCGGCAGCGGCGGGAGUUCCCGGUGGUCUCCGUGGUGGGAUACACCAACAGUGGGAAGACCACGCUGAUCAAGGCUCUGACGGGAGACGCCUCCACACAGCCCCGCGACCAGCUGUUCGCGACGCUGGACGUCUCGGCGCACGCGGGGUGGCUGCCCUGCCGCGUGGCCGUGCUCUACAUGGACACCAUCGGCUUCCUGUCGCAGCUGCCCCACGGCCUCAUCGAGUCCUCCGCCACCCUGGAGGACGUGGCCCGCUCGGACGUCAUCGUGCACGUGAGGGACGUGAGCCACCCUGAGUCCGAGCUGCAGAAAGCCAGCGUGCUCUCAGCCCUGCGCGGUCUGCACCUGCCUGCCCCGCUGCUGGACUCCGCGCUGGAGGUCCACAACAAGGUGGACCUGGUGCCUGGGUACAGCCCAUCGGAACCGGGUGCCCUGGCCCUGUCCGCCCACCUGGGUCUGGGGCUGGAGCCGCUGAAGGCCGCGCUGGGAGACGCGGUGCUGAGAGCGAUGGGCAGGCGGGUCCUGACCCUGCGCGUCCGCCUGGCGGGGCCGCAGCCGAGCUGGCUGCACCAGGAGGCCACGGUGCAGGACGUGCAGGUGGUCCCCGAGGCCGGCGUGGCUGACGUCACGGCCAUCUCCAACUCCGCCUACGGCAGAUUCCGGAAGCUCUUCCCGGAGUGAGCUGCGGCCUUGACCGGGACCGUCCUCUGCGC